CGCCCGAGGCUCCUCCCUGUGCGUCACGCACGGAAAGAUGGCGACGCCCACUCCCUCACCUACACUUCCGGCAUCGCUGAUUCGCUGGGGCCGCCGAGGAGUGGGCGGGACUUCCGCUAGAGUGGGAGGGGGCCCUAAACAGACUUCCGGCCGCCAUGAGCCUCCAAUGGACGGUGGUCGCCACCUUCCUCUAUGCCGAAGUCUUCCUCGUCCUCCUGCUCUGCAUCCCCUUCGUGUCCGCGGCCCGGUGGCAGAAGAUCUUCAAGUCGCGGCUGGUGGGACUGGCUGUGGCCUAUGGGAACACUGUCUUCAUCGUCCUCAUCAUCAUCCUCAUCCUCCUGCUGCUGGACGCCUACCGUGAGACCCACAAGUACUCCAUGACAGACCGUGUGGCUCUGCAGAGCAGCCCUGGAGCUCUGGAGCACUUCCACAUGAAGCUGUUCCGAGCACAGAGGAACCUGUACCUGGCAGGGUUUGCUCUGCUGCUCUCCUUCCUCCUCCGCCGCCUGGUCACCCUCAUCUCCCAGCAGGCUGUGCUAGGAGCCUCCACUGAAGCCUUCCGCAAACAGGCAGAGGGGGCGAGUCAGGCUGCCCGGAGGUACAUGGAGGACAACGAUGCCCUAAGGAAGCAGCUACAGGAGUCGGGGGGUGAUGGGGGCAGCUCCUCCCCUACCCAGGAUGACAAUGAGACCCUCAAGGCCAAGGUGGAGAAGCUGAAGGAGGAGCUGGCCCAGAGCAAGCGCUCGCUGGAGAAGGCAGAGAACGAGGUCCAGGCCAUGAGGCGUCAGGCGGAGGGGCUGACCCGGGAGUACGACCGGUUACUGGACCAGCACGCGCGUCUGCAGGCAGCCCAUGAUGGCCCCCGGGACAAGAAGGAGGAGUGAAUGGACCAAGCACAGACCCCAAGAGCUGGGGCAGGACUCGAGGUGUUGCCAGGGACGCCCCCCGCCUUUCCCCAUAUGUGGGGGGCAGGAAGGGGUUUGGGCCCCAUUUCUAUGGGUCACAGCAUCCCCCCCCCUUUCCCCAUAUGUGGGGGGCAGGAAGGGGUUUGGGCCCCAUUUCUAUGGGUCACAGCAUCCCCCCCCCUUUCCCCAUAUAUGGGGGGCAGGAAGGGGUUUGAGCCCCAUUUCUAUGGGUCACAGCAUCCCCCUCCAUCCCCUUUCCAUGGGGGUGCCCUGGGUGUGGGCAAUGGGACCCCUUCACGCAGCUUCUGCUUCAAUAAACCUAUGGGAUCAGG